UAGGGACGGCGUGUGUGGCGGCACCCAGGACCAGCCCUCGAAGGAGCACCUACGGAGCGGCCUUGGGGAUGCUGCGGGAGGACUGGGACGACAGAGCGGUUAGCCCCCCCAGCCCCGCGCGCCGCAGACUGACCCAGGCGAGGGGAGACAGCGCGCGUGCGCACUGGCGCGCGCCCGGCAGAAACAAGCCCAGCGCGAGACCCCGCGCGCGCGCUCGUUCGAAAGGAAAAAAAGUCCUCCCCGCGGGGGCCCGCGGCAAUUGAGGCCGGAGUUGGCCGGCGAGCGCGCGUGCGCGAGCGCGCAUAGACGCCCUCCGCCGCCGCUCCCUUCGUUGGGGGUCUAGCGCACUGCUCCGCCGUCCCCGCCUCUCCCGAGGCUCGCGCCCUCGGGGUAAGUACCUCGCGCCUCGCGGAGAGGGAGAGAGAGGGUCCGCAGAAGGAAGGGAGGGGGCGGACAGGGCUGGGAGAAAGGGAAGAACUGCCCUCGCGGUGUGAGGAGCGCGGCAGCCGGGUUGGAGUCUGCAGAAGACACGCCUCCAUCCCUCACACCCCUCGGGGCUGCGGAAGUGCUGGGGAGACUGGAGCGGCUCAGAGGCGACAGGUGGACUACCAUUCCCAGAAGGCGGCGUGGUGCUGCGCCUACCGCUCCCGGCAGCACCUGCGCGCCAGGCUUUUUUCAGUCUGCUGCCGCCUAGGGCGAAACUACAGUUCCCGGGAGGCCUCGCGCGAAGCGGCUUGGAAGUGGGCAGCCUGGAAGUCACUCGGGCCACUGGAGCUGGCGGCGUCUCCAGCGAGCCGCGCGGGGCCAGACGCCGCGGUCGUGGGGCCCGCGGGGCGGGCAGCCGGGACGCCCAGGCUUCUCCUCCUGUGUGCAGCCCUAGCCUGGUCCUGAGAGCACUCCAGCAGCCCUGGGUAUCCUGGCCAGACAGGACAGUGUCUUGAGGAGCAGGAAGCCGGGCACCUGUCUCCAGAAGCCCCAGCAGGUCUCUUCUCCUGUCCCCUUGACCCAACUGGCUUAGACUGGCUCAUCUCCUAGAGGUACACGGUCUUUGACGUCGGCUCUCCUGGGACCCUCAAGGACCGCUAGUGUCCAGAACACACCAAGGCAUGAUGGGGAGGACAUCCCUGCAGCCUGCCGGCCCUCGCCCACAUCUGCUGCCUGCCGUGCCCUGCUGAGCCGCCCAGUCUGGAGCCCCCAGGACAGCACCUGCCUCCCGAGGUUGUCCUGGCGCAGUUGUCCACAGCGAUGGUGGAGAACUGGACUCCACAGGCUCAAGACCUUCCUGUCAGGCUUCAGGGGCCAGCAUCCUUCCUCCUGGGACUGGUGGCCCUGAACAAUGGCUGAGGGCCAGGGGACCCCAUAAAGUUUCUCUACAGCUUCUGGGGGCCAGUAGCACUCCACUGCCUGUGGACUAUGACCACCUAUCGGCCCAUUCCCAAUGAUGGCGUGGACCUGGCAGCCAGCUGUGGGGCCAGAGGGGCCGAUGUCCUCCCAGGGUCGCACACCGGGGACUACACUCCCGUGGGAUUCUGGGUCCAGAACGGCAGCAUGCCCCAGCCUGUUGAGAGCCCAGCCAGCGCCACCACCCGCCCCAGCCCCACCACGCCUGCCAUGCCCAAGAUGGGCGUGCGCGCCAGAGUGGCUGACUGGCCGCCCAAGCGGGAGGCCCUGAGAGAGCAGAACAACCCAAGCCCCUCGCAGGACGCAGAUGGCACGAAGGCCACAAAGGUGGCCCAUCCCAUGAGGAGCAUACAGAACGGACAGCCCCCCGCCAGCACUCCGGCUUCUUCGGGGUCCAAGGCCUUCCACCGGCUCUCCAGAAGGAGGUCCAAAGAUGUGGAAUUCCAGGACGUGUGGCCCCGGCCCCCGGGCAGGGCCUUCCUCCCGCUGCGGCACCGCAGCAGUAGCGAGAUCACGCUGAGUGAGUGCGAUGUGGAGGACGCGGGGGAGCCGCGGGGGGCGCGGCACGCGGGGGCGCUGCCCCUCUUCCGCGAGUACGGGAGCACGUCCUCCAUCGACGUGCAGGGCGUGCCCGAGCAGAGCUUCUUCGACAUUCUCAACGAGUUCCGCAGUGAGCAGCCCGCACCCCGGGGCGCGCCACGCCGCCCCGAGCUCGAUCGGGUCGCACACCUCCUGCGGGGCGGCGGCGGCGCCAAGGGGGACCCCCGCCACGGGCAGCCCGGCAAGGACAGCCUGCUGCCGCUGCAGCCCGGGAAGGAGAAGGCCCGCAAGAAGCCCACGCGGGGCCCGGGCGGGGAGGCGGCGGACUCGUGCAUCUUCCGGAAGCUUCGGGGCGGCCGCGCCGAGGCCGAGGCGCGCGCCCCGGGGGAGGCGGAUGAGGCCCGGGGCCCCGCGGAGGCCGGCCGGCCGUGGGUGUGCCAGAAGAGCUUCGCGCACUUCGACGUGCAGAGCAUGCUAUUCGACCUGCACGAGGCGGCGGCCAACCGCGCGUCCACGGCGCAGCGGCGCAACACCACCACCGGGGCCUCCGCCGCCUCGGCCACCGCGGCCCUCGGCGCCGCGCGCGCCCACAGCCUCGGGGGCGCGGAGCCCGCCUUCGCCAGCACCGAGGACCUCAACUGCAAGGAGAACCUGGAGCAGGACCUGGGCGACGACACCAGCAACGAGCUGCUGCUCAGCUGCCCGCACUUCCGCAACGAGAUCGGCGGCGAGCGCGAGCGCGACGUGAGCUUCGCCAGGGCGUCCGCGGGCCCCCCGGCGGGCGGGGGCGGGGGCGGGGGCGGCGCCGAGGGCCGCCCGGCCGAGCCCGCCCUGAGCGCCUGCCGCACCAACGCCAGCAUCUCGGUGCUCGAGGUGCCCAAGGAGCAGCAGAGGACGCAGAGCCGCCCGCGGCAGUACAGCAUCGAGCACGUGGACCUGGGCGCUCGCUACUACCAGGACUACUUCGUGGGCAAAGAGCAUGCCAAUUACUUUGGCGUGGACGAGAAGCUGGGGCCGGUGGCCGUGAGCAUCAGGCGGGAGAAGCUGGAAGACCACAGGGACCACGGGCCUCAGUACCAGCACAGGAUCAUCUUCCGGACGCGCGAGCUCAUCACCCUGCGGGGCUCCAUCCUGGAGGACGCCACGCCCACGGCCACCAAGCACGGGACGGGACGGGGCCUGCCCCUGAGGGACGCCCUGGAGUACGUCAUCCCCGAGCUCAACAUCCACUGCCUGCGGCUGGCUCUCAACACGCCCAAGGUGACGGAGCAGCUGCUGAAGCUCGACGAGCAAGGGCUCUGCCGGAAGCACAAGGUGGGCAUCCUGUACUGCAAGGCCGGCCAGAGCUCGGAGGAGGAGAUGUACAACAACGAGGAGGCCGGCCCCGCCUUUGAGGAGUUCCUCUCCCUCAUCGGCGAGAAGGUCUGUCUGAAGGGCUUCACCAAGUACGCCGCCCAGCUGGACGUCAAGACCGACUCCACGGGGACCCACUCCCUCUACACGACGUACCAGGACUACGAGAUCAUGUUCCACGUCUCCACCCUGCUCCCGUACACCCCCAACAACAGGCAGCAGCUACUAAGGAAGAGGCACAUAGGGAACGACAUCGUGACGAUCAUCUUCCAGGAGCCAGGGGCGCUGCCCUUCACCCCCAAGAACAUCCGCUCCCACUUUCAGCACGUCUUCAUCAUUGUCCGAGCCCACAACCCCUGCACGGAGAACGUCUGCUACAGUAUGGCUGUGACCCGAUCCAAAGACGCCCCUCCUUUCGGCCCCCCAAUCCCCAGUGGAACCACCUUCCGCAAGUCUGACGUCUUCAGAGACUUCCUGCUGGCCAAGGUGAUCAAUGCCGAGAACGCAGCGCACAAGUCCGACAAGUUCCACACCAUGGCCACCAGGACCCGCCAGGAGUACCUCAAGGACCUGGCCGAGAACUGCGUCUCCAACACGCCCAUUGACUCCACUGGCAAGUUCAACCUCAUCUCCCUGACCUCCAAGAAGAAGGAGAAGACCAAAGCCCGGGCAGGCGCCGAGCAGCACAGCGCAGGGGCCAUCGCCUGGAGGGUGGCGGCUCAGGACUAUGCCCAGGGGGUCGAAAUCGACUGCAUUUUGGGAAUUUCUAACGAGUUUGUGGUGCUCCUGGACCUCCGCACCAAGGAGGUGGUGUUCAACUGCUACUGCGGGGACGUCAUUGGCUGGACCCCAGACUCCUCGACGCUCAAGAUCUUCUACGGGCGAGGGGACCACAUCUUCCUCCAGGCUGCAGAGGGCUCUGUGGAGGACAUAAGGGAAAUCGUGCAGAGACUGAAGGUGAUGACCAACGGCUGGGAGACGGUGGACAUGACCCUGCGGCGGAACGGGCUGGGGCAGCUGGGCUUCCACGUGAAGUACGACGGGACGGUGGCCGAAGUGGAGGACUACGGGUUCGCCUGGCAGGCCGGCCUCCGGCAGGGCAGCCGGCUGGUGGAGAUCUGCAAGGUGGCCGUGGUCACGCUGACCCACGACCAGAUGAUCGACCUGCUGCGCACCUCAGUCACCGUCAAGGUGGUCAUCAUCCCUCCCUUCGACGACGGCACGCCCCGCAGGGGGUGGCCGGAGACCUAUGACAUGAAUACCUCGGAGCCCAAGACAGAGCCGGAUAGCGUGACCCCCGGGGGCCGGCCCCCCUACCGCAGCAAUGCUCCCUGGCAGUGGAGCGGGCCCGCGUCCCACAACUCUCUGGCAGCCUCCAAGUGGGCCCCUCCAGCCACCCCCAGCCAUGCCCAGUCCCUGAGCCGGCCCCCGAAGCAGACCCCCGUGGUCCCCUUCCGGGAGUCACAGCCCCUGCACAGCAAGAGGCCUGUCAGCUUCCCAGAAACCCCUUACACAGCAUCACCAGCAGGGGCCGACAAAGUCCCUCCCUACCGCCAGCCUUCUGGGAGCUUCUCCACCCCCGGCUCGGCCACCUACGCCAGAUACAAGCCAUCCCCGGAAAGGUAUGCGGCCGCCCCACACCCACUGCUGUCUUUCGAUCCCCACUUCGGCCAUGAUGGGACGUCCAGCGGCGACUCCUCCUCAGGCGGCCUGACCAGCCAGGAAAGCACCAUGGAGCGCCAGAAGCCAGAGCCCCUGUGGCAUGUGCCCGCCCAGGCCCGGCUCUCGGCCGUGGCUGGAAGCAGCGGCAGCAAGCACGCCUCCAGGCAGGAUGCGGCAGGCAAAGAUUCCCCCAACAGGCAUUCCAAAGGCGAGCCUCAGUACUCCAGUCAUUCCAGCAGCAACACCCUCUCCAGCAACGCGUCCAGCAGCCACAGCGACGAUCGCUGGUUUGACCCCCUGGACCCCCUGGAACCAGAGCAGGACCCCCUCUCCAAGGGCGGCUCUAGCGACAGCGGCAUUGACACCGCCCUCUGCACCUCCAGCCCCAGCUGCAUGUCGCUGGCCAAGACUCCCCGGCCGGCCAAGCCGCACAAGCCCCCCGGAAGUAUGGGCCUCUGCGGGGGCGGGCGCGAGGCGGCCGGCCGGGCCCACCACGCAGACAAGCGGCGGGAGGUCUCGCCAGCCCCGGUGGUCGCUGGCCAGAGCAAGGGCUACCGGCCGAAGCUGUACUCCUCGGGCUCCAGCACUCCCACGGGCCUGGCUGGGGGCAGCCGCGACUCGCCCAGGCAGCCCAGUGAUAUGAGCUCCAGGGCUGGCUAUCCUGCUCAGGUUUACAAAACUGCCAGCGCAGAGACUCCCCGGCCCUCACAGCUGGCCCAGCCCAGCCCCUUCCAGCUCUCUGCCUCCGUCCCCAAGUCCUUCUUCUCCAAGCAGCCCGUGCGCAAUAAGCACCCAAUGGGGUGGAAGAGAACAGAUGAGCCCCCGCCACGGCCACUCCCCUUCACUGACCCAAAGAAGCAGGUGGACACCAACACGAAAAACGUCUUUGGGCAGCCACGGUUGAGGGCGUCACUCCGCGACCUCCGCUCCCCACGGAAGAACUACAAGUCCACCAUCGAGGAUGACCUGAAGAAGCUCAUCAUCAUGGACCCCCUGGCGCCGGAGCAGGACAGAGACGCGGGGCAGUCGCCGCAGAAGAGCCUGCAGCGGACGCUGUCCGACGAGAGCCUGUGUGGCGGGCGCCGGGAGCCCGGCUUCACCAGCCCCGGCAGCCUGGAGCCCGGCCUGCCCGGCGACGUGCUCUUCACCAGCACCUGCGCCUUCCCCUCCAGCACGCUGCCCGCCCGCCGCCAGCACCAGCACCCGCUCCCGCCCGGCAGCAGCGGCCCCAGCCCCAGCCCUGCCGCCGGCAACGGCUUCCCCGAGAAGAAAGCCACCAUCUCGGCCUCGGAGCUCUCGCUGGCUGACGGGCGGGACCGGCCCCUGCGGCGCCUUGACCCCGGCAUGAUGCCGCUGCCCGACACGGCUGCUGGCCUCGAGUGGUCCAGCCUGGUCAACGCAGCCAAGGCAUACGAAGUGCAAAGAGCCGUCUCGCUCUUCUCUCUCAACGACCCGGCUCUGAGCCCGGACAUCCCGCCCGCACACAGUCCUGUCCACAGCCACCUGAGCCUGGAGAGGGGGCCCCCGACCCCCAGGACCACCCCUACCAUGAGCGAGGAGCCGCCCCUGGAUCUGACGGGCAAGGUGUACCAGCUGGAGGUGAUGCUGAAACAGCUGCACACGGACCUCCAGAAGGAGAAGCAGGACAAGGCCGUGCUGCAGUCAGAGGUGGCCAGCCUGCGGCAGAACAACCAGCGGCUGCAGGAGGAGUCCCAGGCCGCCAGCGAGCAGCUGCGCAAGUUCGCCGAGAUCUUCCGCAGGGAGAAGAAGGAACUCUGAGUGGACAGGCCUCCGCCCGCAGGCUGUGGGCCCUGCUCCUCUCUUCCUCCAUUUGCUCCCCGUUGCAAGUGUGGCCAAGAUAAUCCAGCCAGGGCCCCACCGCCCUCCCCGUGCACACGGAGACCCCAGAUGGCAGGGGCCCCUGAGGGAGGCCUCGCCGGGGCCGGGAGCCGGGUCUGCUCGCGGUCUCAGGCCUCCCUCUGAACUGCCCAUCUCUGGUCCCUGGGGCUGGGCUGUGCCCACACUGCCGCCGGGGGCCCACCCUGCCCUCCCCAUCCAGCCCCUUCCUUGGACCAAGCCACGGGAAGCUGGAGGAAGGGGAGAGGGAGGGCGAGAGUGUCUCCAGACCUCACCACUCCAGGAAUUCACAACCAGAUGUCUUCACAGCAGAGUCUGGGCUUGUGGGGCCGAGGCCCCUCCAUGAAAGUCACAGUGUGUGAGCCGCCUGUCCUCCCCCAGGCCCCAGGGAGACGGGGGCCCGGGUGGAAACGAGCCUGGGCUCUCGGUCCUGAUGCACAUAGCUCCGAAAAGCACGGACACAACCCCGUCCCAGCCCUAUCUUUCCAAAAAGCAGGCAGGAGCACUUUGUUAGAGUUUCAGUUGUGUUCUUGGGGGGUCCCAGGCUGGAGAGAGGAAAGUCCAGCAUCCAGAGGCAACUUCUUGGAGGGGGCACCCCCUUUGCACACGCGGGACCAUUUAUACAGUCUGUUUCUAUCAGCCCCUCGACCACCAGAAGCCACGGCACCUGGGCCCUGCACCUCGAGCUGCUGCCUGGCCCGGCCCAGGAGCAGAGCCCACCCAGCGCAUCUCCUCCUCCCCAGCCCCACGAGCUCCGACCACGCAGCCACGGCCUCCUCCGGGCACCAGGAGGGGCUCAUGGAGCCCUCAGCUCAGGGCUGGAGAGGAACAGCGUUCAUCUCCUCUCCGGUUUUGAUGGCCCAUCUUGGCCCAUCUCGCAGGCCCCACAUGGCCGGACGCCCUCCCCGUGCUCCCCGGGAGCAUUCUGCUGUGCUAACGCCCACGAGACGCGGGUUCUCUCCAGGCAAUAAGGGGCAGCUUGCCGGGCAGCCAGGCCGGUGUGGUACUAUGCUGUUCACCCAGGAAACAGAGGUUCUUUUUUUCCUUUAAAAACAAAACAAAAAAAUAUAUAUAUAUUUAUUUUUUCACGUAGAGUUGCGCCAGAACAAGCUUGUAUGGCCACAAUCUGUGGAUUCCCCCAACCUCAAGCUGAGGAUCGAGGCACAUCCCCCAUGGGCUGGGGCUCAGCGGGAGGACUCCGAGGGACAGAAAGACAGGGUGGGCAGGCCGGUGGGCUUCCCUUUUCCAAAGACACCAGGCGGGGGGUUGGCGUAGGCCUGGCUCAGAGCAGCACGCCCAGGCUGGGAGCCCCAGGCAGCCAGCCCUUGUCCAGGGACCCCACCGCCUUCUUUUUGGGGCCAGAAACCUCAGGGAAGGGGGCUCUGGGGACUGCACAGGACACAGGCACUGGGGGGGUGCCAGGCUGGAUGAGUAGGGGUGAGAGAGGAGGGCACUCCUCAUGCCUCCCUGCCAUCCCCACGUCCCCGCAGGCCAACAUCCCCAGAGAGCCUUCAGACCUGCCCUCUCCUCCCCAUCACCCGUGGGUUGAGAGGGGGCUACAAGGUGGGGCCUGCUCGGUCCUCAGCCCUGGCCAACUACUGUGACGUCUCUGCCCCUCUUCCCGGACCCGCUUUUCCGGAGGGUUCUGCAGGAUCGCACCCAACCCCCCUCAGACCCUAACCUGGGGGCCGCCCCUCACCCCUUUUUUAAGUCACCUCCUCACGUCUUCAGAUCAUUCGAAUCAUUUUGGGGACCUAAUCAUGUACAUUGAGAAGUGUAAAUUAUGAUUUUUGGUUUUGUUUUCUGUUAUUUUUUUUAAAGAUUUCUGCAAAACAGAUCUAUUUAAUUUGAGAUUGGUGUUCUGUCUGAUGGCUGAAGAGAGCAGGGGUUUUUUUAUGUGUUGAUUUGUUUCAUUUGGAUUUUUUAUUAUUCUUUAUUGUCUUUUUUUCCCCCCUAUCCCUGUCUUGAGAUUUUCUGGCAUGUUUCUGGAGGUUUCAAAGGAAAUAAAUGUUUCAUAGAAAUGG